AUUUUUUGUGGUUCUCUUUGCUUGCUCGAUUGUGCAGGAAAGCAAGAAGCUGGAACAAAGAUUGCUGGAUUCUGUGCACAUGCUCUUUUAAUGUUUGGAGGUGCUCAUACACCCCAGGGCACUUGCACUGGCUGAUUUCCCCUCUUCACGUCCUAAUUCCUCCAAAGGAGUGGAACAUGGUGCACCUGAAUUAGAUUAUGACGAUGAUGAUUUCCUGCUAAAUUUUAAGGAUUCUCCAGAAAAAUACCCUGUGAAGAAUAUGAAGGAUACCGUAGAACCAUUCAAAACCACUGGAACUAAUUUUGCUGAAAAGCCUUCCAUUGCUGGUUCAUAUGGUAUAAAAGUUCCAGAGAUAAAUGAGCAGAAACAUGCAACAGGCAAUGCAGAUGUUCAGAUGAGAAGUGACAGGGACCAAAUUAUGGUGGAAUCCUGUCAGUUCCAAGAAUCAGUUCAGUUCCAGGAAGUUCUUUCUACCAAAAUUGCCACAACUAAUGAGGUUACUGAAGAUCCUCAAGGCACAGAACAGUUUGUUUCUAUCAGAAGUACCAUGAGUCAUGAAGUUACUGUAGAUUCUCAAGGUCAAGGCACUGAAACAGAGUUGGGAAGAGCUGCUUUGGGCCGACAUGAGGUGGUAUCUGGAGUGAAUGUAUUGCAAGAUAAAGUCGAGGGAGUUGCUAACAUCAGUGGAAAUACUCCCUCGGUCAUACCAAGGACUGAGAAGGUAAAGAUCCUUGGGAUAGUGACUCAUCUACGGGAUCAUUCCCUGAUAUUGUUGAUGCAGAUCCAGAUUCUGAUUCUGACUAGGUAUCAAGUUGAAAGUUCUGGUAAGACUUGAAUAUGUUUUUUUAUCAAAGCCAGUGAAGUCAUAAUUGCCAAAUUUUGAUUUACAUUCAAGGUAUGAGAUGCCAUUAGGGAUGUCAACGGGGUCCGUGGGGCGGGAAGUCCCUCCUAGUUCCCGCGGGGAUUUUUGAUGGGAGGUAGAUUUUGCUUUUGUUCUCGUUUUCCGUGGGGAUUCUCAUUCCCCACCAAUUAAUAUUAAAUUAUAAGUUUUUUU